AUGUCAUCGGCGCGAGCAGCCGUAAUUGGCCAAUUCGAUACACAACUGAGCACUGCGAGAAGUUCCACUUCCAUCUCGUCGCCGGCGUCGCUGGCUGAUAAGCGGUCUAUUACUACCGCCGCAUCAAACGCGUCGUUCGGGUCAAUUACAUCCCCUAGCAAGAGAUUUACCAAGGACCCGCACGUGUCAUUGUCUCUCUUCCAGCCCUAUUCCCCCCCACCUGAAGAAAGACCCGUGUCAGCCGCCUCGCGCGGAUCUGCCAAACCUCCUCCUCGCAAUUACGGUGAUUUGUUUGUGGGGGAUGAUGCUGAAUCGACGCCUACGAAGAAAUCUUCUCACCCUGCGAGGAAAGAUGAAGUUGUACCCCCUAAAGGAGGGGCGGGGCCUACGUAUAAACCCUCGCGUUUGUUUGCGGACGAUGAGGAGGAGCAACGAUCUGAGCAAGUGAAUACAACAACAUCAGUCAAGACUAAUACAAAGAAAUACGAUCAUUUCGAGUUUGGAGAGACGCCUCAUCCUGGAUCCACUGUGAAACCACAGGCUCCAGGCCAUUUUGAAUUCGGCGAGGCUGAACCUCCUGUGAGUAGAUCGGAUCAAGAAAAGACAAAACAAGAAAAUCAUUUCGAGUUUGGAGAAGCGGACCCGGGAAGCAUACAGAGCAACCUCCCUCUCCGCCCCCACGCAAAGAAACACCUGUCCCAAUGGGAUUUUGAGGACUUUGUCACUCCGGAAAAACCGCGGCAGAAGCUCCAAGCGCAGAACGUGCGACAUUUCAGCUGGAGCGACGAUGAGGGGGAUACUGCAGAUAGUCCUCCCAAGCAACGUCGAGCUCCGCAACCGCGCCGCGAUGCGGAAACUCACUUUGAGCUCCGUGACGAUGGAACACCUAUCGCACGCCAACGGAACCCGCAGAUGCAUCCCAGGGGCGACGCACAUAAUAAGGGCCUGGGUCUCUAUGACAAUAAUCUCUUCGAUGAAUCUGGUACACCUAUCGCCAACAAGCAACAAGGACAACAGCAGCAAGAGCAGGAUCAGGAGCACAAGGCGCCCUUCAGGGUUCCCGGCGCUGCACAUAACAAGGGCCUCGGCCUGUAUGAAAACAACGUCUAUGACGACUCAGGCACACCCGUCAAAGCUGCUGGCACUGCUGCUGCGAGGACUAGUGAAGCACCUCAGCGACCCGUGUCUAAUAUUCCUGCUAAUACCGUUAAUCGCCGCAAGGACUUUGAUAGCCAUUGGACGAUGGUGGAUGCUGACGCGGAUGAUUUUACGAAUUCGAAUUCCGUGGAAAAGGAAGGGGAGAAAAUGAAUAAUAGCAAUAAUCAUCAUGAUCAUAAUGCGAAUGGGAAUGGGAAUGCCAAUGGGAAUUCCCAACAGAGUCAUGGCGCCCCUUUAGGGUUUGAUCGCAAGAAGGCUGUGAAGAUGAUGGAUUCGAGUUGGGAUACAUUUGGGGAGGAGGAGGCGGAGAAGGAGAAGGAGAAGGAGAAGCUAGCUCCGUCUGUGGGUGUUAGUGGGAAGAGGAUGAGUCGGGAUGUUAAUAAGAGGAGCUGGGGCUUUGGGGAUGAUGGGUUUUGA